AUGACAGGUCUCCCCUCGACCGAGCUCCCGGCCCGGCUCGAGCUCGGGCCGGCCGACGCGGCCGACGACCGGGAGCGACGGAGACGAGAGAAACGCGAGCGGAAGGAGAAGAAAGCGGAGCGAAAGGACCGGAAGCGGAAGAAGGAGAAGCAGAAGUUGAGCGGAGAGCUCGCGGUCGCGGGAGGAGGGAACGCCGUCGCCUGCGGAGACAGCCGGAACACGGUCGCGGACGUCAUCAACUGGGAAUGCAAGAUGGAAGGACGGAGACGAGAGAAACGCGAGCGGAAGGAGAAGAAAGCGGAGCGAAAGGACCGGAAGCGGAAGAAGAAGAAGCAGAGGUUGAGCGGAGAGCUCGCGGUCGCGGGAGGAGGGAACGCCAUCGCCUGCGGAGGCUACCGGAACACGGUCGCGGACGUCAACUGGGACUGCAAGAUGGAAGGUCAGAAGUUCGGGCCGUGGUCGGCGAGCGAGGUGGCCGACAUCAAGGCCAGGAUCAAGGACUGGGCGAACGCGCACGGGCACAGCGGCGACGUCGAGUCGGGGAAUUUCGACUUUCUGUUCGGCCGGCGACAGAAGCUAGGCGGACGAGGCGCGGGGUUGUCGGAUGCGGAGAGGAAGGCGUUCCUGGAGAUAGCCACCGGAUUCCCGAACAGAAACCCGAAGCAGAUUUACGCGUACGUCACGCGUCACUUGGACCCUAGCAACUACAAAGGGGCGUGGACCGAGGAGGAGAAGACGACGCUGAUGAACCUCUACGAGCAAAAGGGAGCUAAGUGGGCGGAGAUAGGCGCGGCGAUGGGGAGGGCCGGGGGCGCGUGCAGGGACAAGUGGAGGUCGAUCUCGGUGGAAAGGAACGGGAAGUGGACGGAGGAUGAGAAAACGACGCUGUCCACGCUCGUGAACGAGUACUUCGCGGAGCAAAAAGCGACGCCCGGGCGAGGCGCGGGGGACGGCCAGGAGCACCGGGAGCUUCUGGACAACAUCCCGUGGAGCAUCAUCGCGCAGAAGCACGGGUCCAGGACCGAGGCCCAGUGCAUGCAGAGGUGGUAUAGGGUUUCAAUGGGCGCGAUCGAUACCGGGAACUGGGCCGCGGGAGACGAUAAGCUCCUCAUCACCGCGCUUCGAAAGACGAACGCGACGCACGAGGUGGAAGUCGACUGGAACUCCGUGUCCGUCCCGAGUCGCAGUCUGACGCAGGUGAAGCGACGGUUCAAGGAGAUGAAGCGCUUCAUCCGGAAGAACCCUCAUCGUAUUAAGAAUUUGUCGCUCGCGGACAUGCUCGACAAGAUGACGGAAGAGUUCGCCCCUGAGCUGAUAGGGGUUGAUCUGACUCUGCCCGGGCAACCGGUUCUCUCGGCGCAGUGA